GCCAGCCGAGAUGGCGGCGGCGGCAAGGACGCCUCCGGGCCGGAGGACUACGAGAACCUGCCGACCAGCGCCUCCGUAUCCACCCACAUGACAGCCGGAGCGAUGGCCGGGAUCCUGGAGCACUCGGUCAUGUACCCGGUGGACUCCGUGAAGACGCGAAUGCAGAGUUUGAAUCCGGAUCCCAAAGCCCAGUACACGAGUAUCUAUGGAGCCCUCAAGAAAAUCAUGCGGACUGAAGGCUUCUGGAGGCCCUUGCGUGGCCUCAACGUGAUGGUGAUCGGCGCAGGGCCGGCCCAUGCCAUGUACUUUGCCUGCUAUGAAAACAUGAAAAGGACUUUAAAUGAUGCUUUCAACCACCAAGGGAACAGCCACCUAGCCAACGGUAUUUUGCAAGCCUUUGUCUGGAGUUAGACAGCUCUCUUCUUCAACACAUCCUUCCCUGAGACCCAGCAGCCUCGUCUUCGGCACGCGUGCUCAUGAAUAAAGAACUCUAGAGUCGUGUGUGCACACACACCCAGACACACGCACACACGCACACACAUGCUUUUUUUUUCCGUUCCCCUCCUUCGCUUUCUGAAGCGAGGGGGACAUCAGUGGCAGAGGUGUUUUGGUUUUGAUCGUUGUGUGGGUUUUCCUUUUUUUUUUAAACAGUCAAAUGCAAUUAAUGAUCAGACAUAGGAACAAUCCUGAAUAGAAACAAAGCUUUUGAAUGCUGGAUUCCAAAAAAAAAAAGUUAUCUGGACAGCUUCUUUGAGACUAUUUAAAAACUGGUACAACAGGUCUCUACAGCUCCAACAUCUAACUAAACUUUAAAAGGGAUAGCUGGGAGUAUGGCCACCCUGCUCCACGAUGCAGUAAUGAAUCCAGCCGAAGUUGUGAAGCAGCGUUUACAGAUGUACAACUCACAGCACCAGUCAGCCCUCGGCUGCGUCCGGACGGUGUGGAGGACCGAGGGGUUGGGGGCCUUCUACCGGAGUUACACCACGCAGCUGACCAUGAACAUCCCCUUCCAGUCCAUCCAUUUCAUCACCUAUGAGUUCCUGCAGGAGCAGGUCAACCCCCAUCGGACCUACAACCCGCAGUCCCACAUCAUCUCAGGCGGGCUGGCCGGGGCCCUCGCUGCGGCCGCCACGACCCCCCUAGACGUCUGUAAGACCCUCCUCAACACUCAGGAGAACGUGGCUCUCUCUCUGGCAAACAUCAGUGGCCGGCUGUCAGGCAUGGCGAAUGCCUUCCGAAUGGUGUAUCAGCUCAACGGCCUGGCCGGCUACUUCAAGGGUAUACAGGCACGUGUCAUCUACCAGAUGCCCUCCGCUGCCAUUUCCUGGUCCGUCUAUGAGUUCUUCAAGUACUUCCUCACCAAGCGCCAGCUGGAGAACCGAGCUCCAUACUAGAGGAACACGCUGUGGAAAGUGAUUCCAGAACCCUCUGCUCUUAAAAGGCUUGCGUCCGCUCCCUUGUUGUCACACCCAGAUCAUUUUUUUUUGCAGGGUGCUCCCUUUGGGCCUUUGGUUCCCUGGUGCCUUAGAGGAGGGGACGGGAUGGCCGCUCACCAGAAGGCUGUCCGCGGGGACGUCCGAGGUGGUGGUGGAUGGGAAAGACUUUGGAAGGGGAGUGAGAAAUGAUGUUUUCUCUUCCUCGCCAAGCAGAAUGUAGCAUUUCUGCUUCACUGUGGCAAUCCCCUCCCUGGAUCCUUAGAUCACACAGGAGGGAAGAAAAUACGCAGUGACUGAAAACAUUAAAGAAAAAAAAUUUUUUUUUAUGUAUAUAAAAGUUCCAUGACACAGGAUAAAAUGGAUAAUGUUUAUCCUUUAUUUUUCUAUGUAGGAGUUUUUGAAUUUGUGUGUGUGCUUGCUUGUGCGUGUCUACACAUAGUAUUACAGUUGGGACUCUCAAACUGUUUUUUAAAAAAAUGAGAGGGUUGAAUUCUUCCAUCAGGUGAACUAAAAAGCCACCACCGUAAUGCAUCGCUGAAUGCGGCCUACAACUGCUUAGCCUCCCCCAGAUGGAAGUUUCACUUGAAUGUAAAGUAAUAAAUACGAAGAUUUUCUUUUGAAU